CGGGAGCAGUCAUUCGAUGACUAUCCCGCCUCAAAAAAAAUCCUUCAUAAUGAAGAAUAUAGUUAUAAGUUCAUAUUUAAACUGUCAAACACCAAGCGGUCACCGGUGACCGAAACCUAUUGUUCUAUAAUUGUGUCUACAAAACCGGUACUCGACGAGUUAAUUUACCUCAAAUAGUUUUCGAUAUUCGUAACUUUCUGUAUUCAUAAAUAUGUCAAUGGUGAAAUCUUUCACGGCACAUCACUGGGCAACUUGAUAUGAAGUGAUUGGCGUUCUGAGGAAAGUAACAAAAUUCGGAGUUUCUGUUUUUGCCGAUUUUAGGACAAACUUGGGUUUAUUUUGUGUAGAAAAAUAAAAAACAGAGUAGUAGACAGAGCUAUCUUAAAUAAUAAAAUGAAACAAAGCUUUUAAUCACAGUAAAUUUAUUUUAAUAAGAUAGUUAAAAUGAACAACUUCUAUAGAAGUUGUGGCGCUGGUGGCACGAAUAUCGCGAACUUAUAGCAGUUCGGAAUGUUCGUGCAAGCACUUCUAUAGAGAAGAAGAAUCCGGUGAAAAGGUUAAUAAUCUCAGCAGGCGGAGAAUUAUGUAACUAAUGCAUCCUUUGGUAUAUUGCUCUAGGUUUAGUUUUAAAUCAUCUUAAUUUUUCUUUUGUGAAUAUAAUUUUUAUAUUCCUAUCAAGCUAAUCUACCAAAAGCUCAAUUGAAUUUAGAUCUGGAUUAUGAGGAGACCAAACUAUAAUUUUAGACACUCCUUCCAUAAUGUUCUCUUCUAAAUAACAAAUUUUUAAUUGAAAACUAUAGAAAUGAUAUUUUUAUGAAAAAUAGGGGAUGAUAUUUAAACAGAUUAAUUAUAUUUUUCUGAAGAAAUAGAAUGUAAACUGAUGUUCACACAUCAUGUUUUAUUUUGGUGUUUUAGGCAAAGUAUGGUUAAUUUUAUAUUCAUAGAAAUUAUUCAUACAAAUAAUUUUGACACAUUAGUUACAGUGCGCCACAAUUGCACCAUUCCAUGGGACUGUUUCAAUAGUUCAAUUGGCGCAUGUAGGAAUGUCUAGUGGCUACAACUUUUUUCGGUUCAUCUUUGGAUGUUUUUGAAUUGAUAUACAUUUGUAAUGUUGUACACUCUUGUAUCAUCUAAUGUGAUUGCAAUGUAAAUUGAACCUUACAUGUAUAUAAUUGUCGUAAUAAUUAAUUUAAUUUACUACUUGUUGGUUUAAUUCAUAAUGCGUAUGCAAUUAGAGUACAAACCUAUACAAAAAAGUUGUUAUUCCAGCAAUCUUAGGUACGCCGUGCGUGAGGAACAUUAGUUUCUUUAGUUCUCUUACCUUAAUUUGAUUGCUUAUAAUGCGGUAAUACACUUUCCUAUUUCAAGCUACAAGUAUAAAAGGUUGCCAUGGUAAUUUUAAUCAAAACAAAGUAACUGGAGUAUGGGCAAGUAUGCCAUAGGUACGUACCUAUACGACUUUGAAGUUAAUUUUGAAAAGGUUGGUGUAUUUUACGAUAACGGAAUAUUUGUGAUGUUUUUUGAUUUAAAUAAGUGUGUUGUCUAAUGAGUCGGUUACGAUGCAUUAUAAUGAAGAGGACGUGGCUGAGUCUAAAACAAUCCAGAUUGCUGUUCUUGGCGAGCCUAAAACUGGAAAGAGUUGCCUAUGCCACCGCUACUUGGGCGGUAAUAGCAUCGCUCCGGUGGGAGGCACGCAGGGUGCUGAGGUGAUGGCAGGCCAGUGCAUAGGACUGCGCCCCCCGGUGCCCCUACAACUCUGUGACGUCGCAGGAAACGCACUCCAGACGAACAUGCUUGCCAACUACUUGUACGAUUCUGAUAUUAUUUUAUUUGUUUACGACCUCACAAAUCUUGAAAGUUUCGAUAAGUUGGCUGUAUGGAUUCAGAGAGUGAAAGAAAUAUUUGAAAUUGAAACGACUAAGCCCUUGAUGGCUCUGUUUGGCAAUAAGUCUGAUUUAGAACACCAGAGGGCUGUGAGAUUAUCUUGUGUGCAAAAAUUUGCAUCCGAACAUUUGUUGGAGACAUUCAAAGGAUCUGCAAGAACUGGGGAGAUGGUUAGUAACGCGUUCACAACGCUCGUUGCUCGUGUAAUGGGUGUGAAGGUGAAUCGAUUACCGCCAGCCCUUGUUGACGGCAGGUCUGCACUACCAAAGGAACCUGUUCCGAAUGGACCCGCGUCUUCAGGUUACUCGGACCCCAUGCAAUCACUAAUCAUGAACAGGAAAGCUAUGAGAAGAAUGCAACGCAAAGCAUCAUCGACAAUAUGCAGCAUACAAUAAAACUAUUUAUUAAUUACUUAUAUGGUUUUUUGAUUUUAUAUUCGUUUUGUGUUUAAGUAUGUCCUGCCUUUUAUCCAUUUGCCACAUAACUGGUAAAUAAUAUUAUUGAAUCUAUUU